AUGUCGGGCAAAUCGAUUAGCACCAGCACGCUGGGCCUGCGGUUCAUGCAGAACGCGCAGCGGGCGAAGUUACAGGCACAGGUAGAGGCUGAGCAAGCGAAGGUCAAGGAUGACGCGGAGUGGUCGGUGUCGCAGGAGGUCCGCGACGCGUGGGGCAUUGGUUCGAGUUCGAGUUCAACAUCGGCUUGGAGCCAGACGAAGACUCAGAAGGUGACGUAUGAAGCGUCAUAUGUACCGUUCGUAUUUGGAGAUGAGGAUGAGGAGAGGGAGGAUGGGGAAGACGAGGCGGACCCGUCGUUGGGACCAUCGGGGAUUGUGAGGGGACGAAGGACGUUCAAUGAACGCGGUCAGGAGGUCAUACGAAAGGAGGCCGAAUCGAACCACGAGGCGGAGGAACCUGCGGAGGAGGUCACGGGCUGGUCAAAUCCGCUCAAAGGCAAGGGCCGUCCUGCGUCGAUAUCGGGCUUCAGGGCACCUCUGCCUACGAAAUCCAAAGACGGCAAGAAAGCGCGGACGAAGACCGCGCAGCAGCUCAUUCGCGAGACAGCUGCAACAACACCCGUAUCGCUCUCCUCUGCCCCACGCUCCGGAACUACGGACAUGAAGAGAGAACCUUCGGGGUUCAUGAAGCCCGCUGGUGUGGAUGCACCGCCUCCAACUAGCUCCAAAUCUGGCCAGAAGAAGAGACAUCGCGACCGCGAUGCACCCACCGAACCUGCGGAGAGCAAAGGGAAGAAGCGUAAAAAGAAGGCGGAGACGGAGCUUACUACGGUCGAGUGA